AAGUCUGUGGUUGAACGUUGAAAAUAGUCUACCACGAUUUGUACUUAAAAAAAAAUUAGUUACCAACAAUGAAAUAGCAACCAUUUUCGUGACGGCUUUUGAUGUCUGUGGUUGAACGUCUGCAUUCGAAUUGAGGCUGGACGACACCGUUGAGGAGGUCGAAGCUCAGGCACCUGUUGCAAUGGAGGUCGAGGAGGUGGAGGCUGCGAUGCCGAUGGAGGUCAGGCCUAGACCAGCACCAGAGGCUCAAGUGCAAGAACCAGUGGUUGGGCCAGCUUGCUUUCAUAAUGUUGUUGAAGUCCGGAACUACACCAGAUAUGAAAUGGAAGGCUCCCCAACUAUCUGGUUCGACGAGUUCCAAAAAGUGUAUGUGCUGUCGAAGGAUGGCACAGACGCUCGACCAACGACUUAUCUAAAGUGCCAUCGCUACACGGUGAAAAGAGGUUCAUGUGGUGGUACUGCAAGGAUUAAGGACGAUACCCUGUACCUGGGGAAGGAUCACUCAUGUGGCGACAUGAGUGAUGAGUACCUUAUUUUGCAGGCCAAGGCACGGAUGAAAUUUCGAGCUGGGCAAACUACCGAACCGCUGAGGGACAUUUGGAACUCUGUCCUUACCCAGUCGACUGAGGCCGUGAAGAAAAACCUCAAUUUCGAGGCUGCCGAGUCCAUCAUGAGGAAUAAACGAAGGAAGAACCUGCCUCCGAUUCCCAAGAAUCUGGCAGAAUUGAAGGAAGCUCUCGACAAUGGACAUCCGUUCGAAGACAUCUACCAAGGUUUCGUCGAAUUCGAAGAUGGGAAGGUCGGAUUCAUUUUUGCAGAUCCAAAACUUCUCGCUCUCGUUGAAAAGACUCAAGAACUCUUCGUCGAUGCCACCUUUAAAACACGGCCUCACCACGAUAUCUUUUCUCAACUGUUGAACAUCAUUGUCAUCUACAAAGAUUACUCUGUCGCGGUGAUGCAUGUCUUAAUGACAUGCAAGGAGCAAGCACUCUACGGCCAGAUCAUGGAGCGGUUCAAAGCUUUGGUUGGAUUGGACUUCAAGCCAAAAAGUGUGAUGUCGGACUACGAACGGGCGAUCCUGAACACCAUGCAAACUGCCUUUCUAGAAUCGAGAGUGUCUGGAUGCAGAUUUCACUUCAGCCAAGCAGUUCUCCGGAAAGAAUCUGAUGCUCAAACACAUGGCCCUAAGCACUCUACCGGCGAACCAAAUGGUACCGGUAUUCCAACAGCUGAAGCAAGAAGUGCUCCACUUACAACCACUCAGGCUCCGGAAGCAAGUCCAGAUAAUGCACAGGAAUUACUUCUUAAAGUGGUGGUUCCAAGGCAUCGGGCCCCAGCUGAUCUCUACGUACGGUCUUGCACAUAA